UGAUACAUUCAUUCGUGAAAACUCAACUCAUUUAAUAUUAUUUAACUCUGGUAGCAGUAUUCAAGAUGUAUCUAAGAUUGUUGAACGAUAUACUGAUGAUGUAAAGGGCACAUCCAUGGUUAUUAAUAGCUACCUCCGCAAAG